AUGGCCACCGAUUCAGCUAAUGGACAGCACCAAGGAACAACCAAACCGCCUCCACAGCCAUCCCCAUUGCGUUCUUCCAAGUUCUGCCAGUCCAACAUGAGAAUUUUAAUCACCGGAGGAGCUGGAUUCAUUGGGUCCCACCUGGUGGACCGGCUAAUGGAAAAUGAGAAGAAUGAGGUAAUUGUUGCUGAUAACUAUUUCACUGGAUCUAAAGAAAAUCUCAAGAAGUGGAUUGGCCAUCCAAGAUUUGAGCUCAUCCGUCAUGAUGUCACAGAGCCAUUGCUGGUUGAGGUUGAUCAGAUUUACCAUCUUGCAUGUCCUGCUUCUCCCAUUUUCUACAAGUACAAUCCUGUAAAGACGAUAAAAACCAAUGUGAUUGGUACCCUCAACAUGUUGGGGCUUGCCAAGCGAGUUGGAGCUAGAAUUUUGCUUACCUCAACUUCAGAGGUGUACGGUGAUCCUCUUAUCCAUCCUCAACCAGAGACCUACUGGGGCAAUGUUAACCCAAUUGGGGUCCGAAGCUGCUAUGAUGAGGGGAAACGUGUGGCUGAGACAUUGAUGUUUGAUUAUCAUAGGCAGCAUGGGAUUGAAAUUCGAAUUGCCAGGAUCUUCAACACAUAUGGUCCACGAAUGAAUAUCGAUGAUGGGCGUGUUGUCAGCAACUUCAUAGCUCAAGCGAUCCGUGGUGAGGCAUUGACAGUGCAGAAGCCUGGAACCCAAACUCGCAGUUUCUGCUAUGUAUCUGACAUGGUUGAUGGUCUCAUCAGGCUGAUGGGAGGAGAAAACACUGGACCCAUCAACAUUGGAAACCCAGGUGAGUUCACCAUGACCGAGCUUGCUGAGACGGUGAAGGAGCUAAUAAACCCCGCGGUGGAGAUAAAGAUGGUGGAGAACACACCAGAUGAUCCAAGGCAGAGGAAGCCAGACAUCACAAAGGCGAAGGAGUUGCUUGGAUGGGAGCCUAAGGUGAAGUUGAGGGAGGGUCUACCCCUCAUGGAAGAGGACUUCCGUACCAGGCUUGGGGUCGCCAAGAAGUGA